AAACCCCUCUCUCACACACACACGCAAGAGAAAAAAAUUUCUCAAGCCACUCAGUGAUUUCACCCCAAAUUUUUUCCGUCCCCUCUCUCUCUCCGGCGGCAGCAAAGACGACGCCGGAGCCCAGCCCAGCCUCUCUUUCUCCGGCGACAUUUGGUAAAAACAUGGGGGCUGGGCUUGAGGUCCCAAUAUCGCUGGACGGAGUAAGGAACGAGAACUUGAUGCAGUUGAAGGAGCUCGACAGGGCUUUCUUCGGCGAAAGCUACUGUGACACGCUCUACGCCGAUGCCCUCGCUUCUGGCGAGUUCACCAAGCUAGCAUACUCUGGUGAUAUCAAUGUUGGUUCAAUUGCAUGCCGGCUUGAGAAGAAGGAAGGUGGGGCUAUCCGUGUUUAUAUCAUGACAUUGGGUGUCUUAGAAUCAUAUCAGCGUUUGGGCAUUGGUACAAGGCUGUUGAACCAUGUUCUUGAUCUCUGCUCCAAGCAAAACGUGUCUGAGGUUUACUUGCGUGUGCAGACAAACAAUGAGAAUGCCAUAAACUUUUACAAGAAAUUCGGGUUUGAAACCAAGGCCACCAUAGAGAACUACUACACAGACUUCCCACAUGGCUGCUAUGUUCUUACAAAGUAAGACAUCUUUUGGUUAGGUGAGCUUUCCGGCUGUCUGGACAUUUGUCUGAAUAGGGUGGGGAUCGGACGCCCUCUCACAUGAAGUUGCCUAUUGCACAUGUAAUGAGUAGUCUCAUUACACAGGAUCUGAACUCGUUGGAACACCACGAAUUGCUUCGCAGGUUUUGAUCCAUCCUUCAUAUUAACACAAUGUUUUUUCUUUGGCUUCAUAAUAAUGCCUUGGACUCUUAGAUUUGCUAUGAUCCCUGAUACACGGAAAAAGCGUAAGGCUCACCCCAAUGGAAUAUAGCAUAUACUUGAAAAUCACCCGUAGAUACUAUUAUGAUGAGACCAAAAAAUUUCCGAAGGCUCACCCAGAUGGGAUAUAGUACAGCGGCACAUUAGUUCUUAUGUCCUACAUUGGAAACAUGUGGCUAUCAUAAACAAAUCUAAAGAUACAAUGAGCAAUCCUGAACAAGAACGAUGGCAAAGAAAAGGUGCUUUGCACCACGAUUUUUAGCAUGGUUUUCAGCUGAACGACUUCUAGCAUUUACAAGUUCUUAUUAAACGACUCUUCCACUAGGCCUAAAAUAUGUGUGUUAUUGCAGCAAAGCAAAGCAAAUAAUUGAAUCCUCAGGCCUCCAAAACCUUCACCAAAGGCUACCAUCAAGAACAAGAUUCAAAGAGAGGAGGGAGCCUCCCUCCUCCUCUCCCCCUCCCCCCUCU